CGGCGCGCCGACGCGCGGAGAAAGGGCUGCCCCACGUGGAAGGAGAAGCAUGGAGGCGAAGAUAGAAGCGGCGGCGCUGCCUUUGGACCAAAGCCAGAUCAAAAAAGCCACUCAAGCCUUGCUUGCAUAUAACGCGAAGAAACAGAAGUCCGGAGACAAAGUGCUGUUGGACGUAGAUCAGAAUGUCUUUUUGAUGAUCACCGUCUGGAAAAUUCCACCAAAUGAGCAAGUAAUCAAAAUAAACCUUCCCCAUAGCAUUCUGCCGGACACCUCGGAGAUUUGCCUCUUUACCAAAGACGAACCUGGCUUGACAGCGGAACAGACCGAGAAUUUAUACAAGAAGCUGUUGGACCGACAUGGAAUCACAUCCAUCACUGAGGUCAUCUCUUAUAAAACGUUCAAGACUGAAUACAAGCCCUUUGAAGCGAAACGCCGCCUGCUGAGCCGGUUUGCUCUUUUUCUGUCCGAUGAUCGCAUUCGAAGAUUGCUGCCUUCCCAGAUGGGAAAACAUUUCUAUCUGCGUAAAAAGGCGCCUCUCUCUGUGGACUUGAAAGCCAAGGACCUAGCUAAGGAAAUCAACAAACGCAUCCACGGAACGGUUCUCCCAGUCACCAACAAGGGCAAUUGUUACAUGGUUCGUAUUGGGCACACCAGCAUGGAUGCAUCAGAGAUCACUGAAAAUGUUGUAGCAGCUGCCAAAGCAAUAGCUGACAAAGCUCCACAGGUAAGAGUGUUUUGUGAUGUAGGGGAAGAGCAGGCAGAGCUGGGGAAGGGAGGGGGGAGUUAA